AUGCUUAAUUUACUUGAUCUUAUUCUACCAGAAUUAAUACCAUUUAUUACGAAGUAUCUUCUGAUUCAAGAUCUUAAAAAUUGCUAUAGUCUAGAUGAUAUAUGGAAAACCAAAGCUAUUAGAGAAAUUCGCAAAAGAUUAAUAGUGGACUGCUCAUUCAUUGAUAGUAGAACAACUGUUAAAGCACUUAUUGAUCCCAAAUCCCAGUAUAAUAGUAUCAGUAAAGCACUUGCCCGAAAAAUGGAUUUAUAUAUAACAAGAAUGGAUGGAUCUAAAUAUCUAGCAGUAGAAGCUCUUGGUGUUGGUGUGACAAAUGCUGGUAAGAAAGUGAUGGUAGGGGGAUGGCUUCAUAAUGAAGAAAUUUCUAUUUCUUUACCCAAUAUCUUUGACAUGAGCCAGCCUUUGGCCGAUUUGGGACCAUCCUCAUAUUUAGGAAAUUCAUAUGAACAUUUCUUAGUUGUUGACAAGUCUGAAUAUGAUUUGGUUUUAGGAAGCACGUGGCUAACGAGGUUGGGAAAUAGGAUUGAUGGAUGUGAUGGGAGAUAUUGGGAAUCUAAUAAGGAAAAAAGAAUAUAUUAUGCAAGAAAUA